CAAACGCCUGAAGAACUCCAGCGACCCUCGGUACUGUUAAUAUGAACAGUAUAAGCCGUGUUUACAGGCUGUGUCGUGCUAUAUGAGUGUAAGGCCAUGCUGUAAGUGCUGGAGACAUGCUGUAAGUGCUGGAGACAUGCUGUAAGUGCUGGAGACAUGCUGUAAGUGCUGGAGACAUGCUGUAAGUGCUGGAGACAUGCUGUUUGUGGUGUUUAGGGCAGUUCUACACAGAGGACAUGGUGCGGCUGUCUGCCAAGAAACUUUUCGCGUUUUGCCUCUGCGCUUCCGCGUUUGUUUUUCUCAUCAUUACACUUCAGGUUGCGGAGGAGCUGGGCCAGGUUGAGCAGGCGGUGCACACACUCCCCCUAAAGGACAGAGGAGAAUUAACUCAGAUCCAGGCUUUCCUUGCAAGUGCUGCCCUCCCUGAUGAUGGAGUAUCCCCAGGCUCCGAGGGUCCUUAUCCCAUCAUUGUGUGGUGGUCUCCACUGACCGGGGAGCUGGGCCGGCUUGCAGAAUGUGGACUUAACAAAUGUUUUUUCACCAUUAACAAGUCUUACCAUUCUCAUCCAUCUGCACAGGCCUUCCUGUUUUAUGGUACGGACUUCAGCAUAGAAAGUCUUCCGUUACCAAGGAAGCAACAUCACCACUGGGCUCUUUUCCACGAGGAGUCGCCGAAGAACAACUACAAGCUCUUCCACAAGCCUGUCAUCACCCUGUUCAACCACACAGCCACAUUUAGUCAACACUCCCACCUCCCUCUCACUACACAACACCUAGAGAGCCUCCACAUGCUCACCUCAGACAAAUUCCUGCUCCCUCUGGCUCAGAAGAACCAUUUAAGAGACACUCUGGCUCCUGUGGUGUACGUCCAGUCAGACUGUGACCCACCAUCAGAUCGUGAUGUGUACGUGCAGGAGCUCAUGAAGCACAUCUCGGUCGACUCUUAUGGCCAGUGCCUGCACAACAAGGAUCUUCCCUUGCAUUUAAGCGACUCCACUGCCAUGGACGAGGAGAGCUUUUAUCAGAUCCUAGCCCAGUACAAGUUCAUCCUAGCAUUUGAAAAUGCCAUUUGUGAUGACUACAUCACAGAGAAACUGUGGCGUCCGCUCAAACUCGGCGUGGUCCCUGUGUACUACGGUGCUCCUAAUGUUCGCAUGUGGCUUCCAAGUAACAGAAGUGCAAUUGUGGUGGACCCAAAGCAGCCUCCAGAAAUGUUGGCUCAGUAUUUAAAGAGACUGGACAAAAACGACAAGGAAUAUUCAACGUACCUGGACUGGAAGCUAAAACGGGAGAUCUCAAAUCCGAGACUUGUUAAAGAGCUGAAGGAGCGUCGAUGGGGUGUGCAGGACUUGACUCAGGAUAACUUUAUUGAUGCCUUUGAGUGCAUGGUGUGUAACAGGGUAUGGGAGAACAACAACAGACAAAACAAGGGUUUGGUCCCCAGAGUGUGGCAGGCUGAAGAACGUCACCUCAGAUGUCCGCCUCCGAAGGUGUUCGACUUUGCUGUAGAUCUUUCUAACAGCUCCUCUUUGCGCCACAUCUGGAGAACUAGUUAUGAGCAGUCAGUGAGAGAAGCCCGAGCUCUUAGAAGGCUAGCCCUGAAGAACAGGAACUUCACAGCUACACAGUUUUGGAGGGAGGUGUUUAGUGACUGAGUUUUAAACAGGCAGUAUUUGUUUUGGUUGUAGUGAUUGAUAUUAAUAGUGAGUAAGUCAGUGAGUGAGCGAGUCAGUCAGACAGCGCAGUCGUCAGUUUGUCUGUUAGAUAGUUAAUUAGUUACUACAGAUAAAUCUUGUUUUUGUUCUGAUCUGAUGAGCAGCUAUACAUCAAGAGAGUUACAGCUUGGUAUUGCCUAAUGCCUGUUCAUACAAGAGAUGGACUUAUUAAAAUAGUAUUUAAUGCACAUCUCUAAUGUUUCCUAACAAGAUAGUCAAUAUGCAAAUAUUUGAGAAACCAUCAAUAUCUCUGUAACCAUCCUUACAUUGGAACUUGCAUCGUUCUAGUUACUUCCUAAACCUACUUUUUUUUUUUUUACAGAUGCCUGAAUGACUUUUAUAUAUGCAUGGAGUUUCAUAAUUUGCAUUUAUUGAACCUUUUGUUUCUAGCAGAAACCGAGAUGUAUUCCCGAGUCAAGGGAUCGGGUACCUGUGGAUUUAAUGUCGUUAUUAUUAGCAACAAUUAGCUCCCUUAAGAAAGAUGAGCAGUGCCCCUUAACGAAUUAGCACUAAAUACAUUUACAAGUUUAGCAUGGGCCAGAAGGCCUUCUGAGGUGAAACAGAUAGAAAUCAAUACCAUCAGUGUGCUGUAGAAAGCUCAUAUCUCCGCAAAUAGAGCUCUGCCCCGGGUCUAUAGUUAGUGUGCUAUAUUUGUGUCUUAAAAAGUUUUUAUCAGCACUAGAAAUUUUAGUCCUUAAGGGGCAUUGAUUCCUGCGGUACUCAAUAAACUCUUGUACCUAUGCAUUUUAUAUAUAUACACUGUGUGUCACAGGGGGAACGAUUAAAUUUACAGAGUGAGCAUAAAGUCUUUCCCUGAUUUAAGACAUGUAUUUUUAUUUACUGUUACAUUCCUUUUUCUUGCAUUCAAAGUUAAAAAAGAAUCGUAUCAAGUUGUCUAUAUAAUAUCAUGACGUUCCUGUUUCUAGCAUAGGUUUUUAAUGAAGGAAGCACUUAAUGCAUAUUUGACCUUUGAAACUGUGUAUAUAGAGUAUGAUCUAGACUUUAACCUCCACCAUGUUAGUAUUAAAUCCUUACCAAAUACACUUGAUAUAAAGCAGUAUUACACUUUGCAGUUUGUUUCUGGUAAGCUUGAACAGAGUGCUCAGACUAAGAUCCAGGAAUAUUACGUUUGUCUCUCACACAUGCAUACAAAAAGAAUUAAAGUGCCUUUCUGUAUCACUACUGCUGAAUAGUUCAUAUAAAAUGCAAACAAAUGAAAUGUUUGUAUCUUAUGUAUAUCUUGUAUAUUAAAUGGUAUUUUUCAAACAAAACCAAUCCAAUUAAAGAGCACAUGCUUUGGUAUGCAAUUCA